AUGCUAAAUCGGGUUCGUGUGAUAGGAGUAGGAGGACAGGAGUGGGAGUCUGCUUCCUGUAAACCCAAGCGAGGUGAUCAUGGGCCUGAUGUCCGGUCUUCCAAGAAGCCCGUUCCUGUGUUUGAUGGUCGGGACAACUUCAAACUGAAGGAAUAUUGGGACCUUAACCCUCUCCACGGUGGCGAGAUCAACCAACACUCGACUGCGUUGGUCAUUUUUACAGUAGGCAAGUUCAGCACGCAGAACGGCAUGCGUGUCAGUCUCAACGUUCAGAGUGUGGUCGCUCUCACCGACCGAACAUCGUCGGAUUGGACUCGGGAGCCUGAUCCUAAGUGGCAUCCAAGCCUGUUAGAUGAGACCCCCCUUGGAGUCACGUGGGUCGUUCCAUACGAGCCGCUCGAAGAAGGAACUGAGCCUGCCGACGACACGGAUGAUGAUGAUGGCGAAGAUGCGGGUAUGCUUUAA